CAUGGAUCUGAGCAUAUCCUCGAGUCCCGCCGUUGCCUUACUGACAGCUGUUUGCGUCGUUGAUUCUUUCGUUGUGCACGACGCUGUCCUGCAUCGCCCACACCACGCGGUUCAUGGAGUACUUACUAACGCUUUCGAGGUGAACACCCUCUACCAUCGUCUAGGCCCUCUGAAGACAACGACGUCAUGCGUCAACCCAGCACACCGUCUGAGCUUUGGCUGCGAUGGCUCGCUUUCUUCCAUGUGCCACUGAUGUUCUCUGUCGCCGUGGCCCAGAUGCCGUACAACCCGACUCGGAUUCUCCAACAGGACAACCUCCUCUAUGUGUUCCAGCCGUCGCCGAAGACGCCUUCACAGUUCCAGCUCAGCUCCAUCGACAUAUCGUCCCGUAUCGAAGCCGCUCGUCUGCCAUACACCACGCUCUACCCGACGCUGCCCUUCCUCGAUAACGACACCCCGCGCGCCUUCACACCAGUCCUCGAUGAUCAAGGGAACAUUACAGUGUACGCCGGAGACUGCUCAGAGGGUGCAAGCGGAGGGGAGAUAUGGAACCUCACGCCAAGCCUUUCAGCAGCCCGUGGAAAGAGCGACUGGAAGCAGAUGAAGAUAUCAGUCGGGAACAAGGCCCAAUCGUCGACAGUGGGCCCCAAUUUCCUCAACGCUGGCAUGUCCUUCUCCUCCAUCGUCGGCGGCGAUGCUGCGGGCACAAACGCCUACUUCUUCGGCGGCAUGUGCCCAUCCUCGAACGCCACGAUCGACGACUGGCAGUCUGCCGCGAACUAUUCGAACUCCAUGGUCGCACUGGAAGCUCCUGGUAGCCACUCCGUUACAUAUCAGUUGGAUGUAUCUACGAGCCGCGGACCACCAGUGCCCGAAGCUGGAUUUACGUUGACUAGCUUGUCGCCCACCUUCUCUAACCGGAGCGAUGGCACCCAAACCCAGCAACAGAACUUCGUCCUUGUUGGAGGCCACGCCAGCGCGGCCUUCAUCAACAUGUCGCAGGUCGCUCUGUUCUCGCUGCCCGAACAAAGUUGGACGUUCAUUGGAAUCAAAGAGCCAGAUACUACUCGAACCGAUCUAGCCAUUCGAACAGAUGUUGCGUCAGUCGAUCCUCGCUCUGGCCAUUCUGCGAUGCUUACUCCGGACGGGAAACGUAUCAUUGUCUUCGGUGGCUGGGUUGGCGAUGUCAACACUCCCGCAGAGCCUCAGUUGGCUGUUCUGAAUAUAGCUGACGGUUAUGGAGGAGAUGGCGGCUGGCAGUGGACUGUGCCAUCCACGUCAGGUGGUGGUCUUCCAGCCAAUUCGGGACUCUACGGACAUGGUGCCGCCAUGCUGCCUGGAGGCGUUAUGAUGAUCACCGGAGGUUACUCGAUACCCUCCAGUUCGCGGCUGACUAGAUCAACAACCAGCAACACGGCCUACUUCUUCAACACCACAUCCAACACUUGGACUACUGAUUACUCCCCGCCAUCCGAGAAAUCAAGUGGAAACAAUGGUUUUUUGUCAACUCAAGCACAGAAAACCGGUCUGGGUAUCGGUCUUGGUAUCGGACUGGCUGCUCUUUGUGGUCUGUUCGCAUUGUACAUGUGGUACUCGAAGCGCUGGAAGCGACAACGCGAGAUACGUGAAAAGCAACUCCAGGACCUUUCCUUUACCACUCACCGCUACAACGUUGACGAAUUUUCGUCAAGUUUCGACGGUCGUGGUGGUCGCCCUGAUGGCGUAGGCGCUUUUGCUGGACAAGACGGUUCCUACUACUUCCCUUCAGGUACUCAGGGUGGUCCCGGCUGGAGGCAAUCGAAUGGACAGGAUGUGGAAAGAAGUGGAUUACUUGUGGAGAUACCAAGUCCUACUCGCGGAUUACGACGCAGUCUCAGCCGCAGAAUCUCCCACACAGCGGGCGCGGCUCGAGGUCCAGGACACAUCCACUCUAUCCAGGAGCUUGAGGAAGAGCAAGAUAAUGAGCAAGCGAACCAAAAUGUGCCGUUGAUCGGACAACUUGAGAUGACGGAAAGGAGAGCGGAACCUGGUGGUUCAAUAUUGGAUCAGGCACCGGUCCUCGAUCCUUUCAACGACCCACACCGAUAUGGCGAGGACCCUAAGAGCGCCUUCUGUUCUCCGUCUUCGUCUCCUGUACGCGCAGAGCGAGGACGUCUGAAUCAAGACGGAGUUAUCCCAGCGGAGCGGUCAACGAUUGUUGCAACAGCAACACACUCAUCAAAUCCCAACUCUACUGGUAGACUGUCGCCAGACAAAUUACCUUCCGAGCGUACAGGUUCUAACCUAAGCGAGAAAAGCAUCCGCUCAAAUCUCUCUUGGACUUCAUCUCACGGCGGCUUGCUUCGCAAUUCGUCCUUGCGCUCCGCUACGCUACUGAACGCCGCAGCUCAAGCAGACCCAUACAGAUCACCGGACUUGAACCUGACAGGCGAGAGGCCAAGAAGCCACGGUCACAGCGGUCGUCAGUCUCCAGAAGAAGCACGAACUCAAUCGUUGACUGCUAUGCGCAAUACUGGUCACGGGGACAUUGACUUGUUUCGGGCCGCUCAGACUUCGUUUGCACUACUUCAAGCCGAGGGCGAAGCACUACUCGGUGGGAAGCCCGACCAUGAGCACACACGACCGGAUACAUCACCAUCAAUGUUCAAUACAUACCGAGACAACGAAGGUAGCAACAGUCGUCCGCUCACAUCAGUUGCUGUUGAGCUCUCCCGAAACGGGCCCCGCGCACCAAACAAGAGUUGGCUGGGAACCGUACGCCGAGUACUGAAAAGGUCAUUAUCGAGCGCUGAGCGCACACGUCCCCUCCGAAGAUCCAUGCCAUACCAAGAACCUUACACCGACAACCCCCUCCCCAACAUGGAGCUCACCACAUCCAACGAACCGCAGUCUUUCCCCUCGGUAUCCGUCCCACCCCGCCGCGCCGCAUCAGAUGCGAGUUUCUGGCGCAACAAACGCGGCAAGCAAGACUGGAUCGACGACGAAUCGGACCCCAAGUGGCGGCGCAAUAGCGGCGACGACUGGGGCGCACCUGAAGACAUCGCCCUCGCGGAACGCGAACGCAUGCGUCAAACAUGGCGCGAACGCGGCAACCUCCUCAUCGCCGACGACGAGGAGAUGCCCACCCCGCGUACCCCUAUCCGCUCCGAGCAACUCGGCAUCCCUAGUCUAAGCCUCGACGACAGACCGCCCACGCCUGCCGGCGAAGGCGACUGGGAUGUUGAGGCCGCCGUAGAGCGUCGUGUCGUGCAGGUCAUGUUUACAGUGCCCAAGAGCAAACUCCGCGUCGUAAACGCGGAUACAGAUUCCACGAGCAUGCUUUCCGUGGCGCGAGAAGGCGAGUCGGAAAAUAGUAGCAGGGUCAAAGAGAUGGCGGGGAGGUUUGAGCAGUUGCAUAAAUCGAGCCCCAGCCUGAGACCGUCGCCGUCGCCUUCACCGUCUAUCCGCAGUUUGAAGGUCCGGGGGAGAGUUAGCCAGGCGAGUUUGGGGCGGGAGAGGGCUGUGAGAAGACAGAGAAAUGAUGAUUGAUGGCUUUGUUCUUUUCGUUAGGCGUUUCUCUCAUGGGGGGUUUUUCGGAUAGUCGCUCCACUUAUGAGCGCUUGGGGGGUUGGGUUAGCAUUUGGCGCUCUUUUACGGCCGUUUUUCUCUCACACACCUUGGACGGGAGGCGUAGAUAGUGCAUAUACGCUGGCUGUGUAGCUGCUCGUUUAUGAGAUCGAAUCGAAUUUACAUGAUGACG